AAUUACGAAUGUAAUAAACUCUCAAUUUCUUCUAAUAUAUAAUAUAUGUAAACUCAUAUACAUGUAUUUUCGGUUUAUCUUAUUCUUUGCAGAUAUUUUCUACAGGCAAUAAGCUUCAGAUGUGAGAAAGAAAGAGAAUGAAACUGUGUCAGUAAAAGAACACCGCGCGAGAAAAAUCUCUUACGUUACGUUCCCUAAAUUCUACGCGAUCGUAAGUCGCAGUGAGGGGAAAUUAGACAAGUAGAGAGAAUAGGAUGUAAAAUGAGAAGUAACCUAGUUUAUAAGUUACGUUAUAAGACACGUUAUAUAUUCUCAUCAUUGCCGUUAUCAUUAGUAUAUCUGCCCUUCCCAUUCGCAUGAUCCAUUCAUGACGUGCUCUUUCGUAGGUGGACUAUAUAUAAACCUGUUUAUGUCCUCUUCUUGCUCUUCUGUAUCCCGCAAGACAUCGUAGAUGUAUAUAUAUGUAUAUAUAUAUCGUGUACAUAAUUAUACCUUCCUUUUGUUUGCACAUUAAUUUAUUGCUGCCGUGUGACGCAAAGUGAAAAGAAGUACGUGUGAAAGUUUAUUUUCUCUCAGCACGCGUAUAUUUUCAAAUAUCUGAAAACUUCUAAAUCAUCUCAAAGAUGAUGAGUUCAACGACAAUUCGGGGUAGUAUACUUGCUUUAUGCUUUAUUGCAUUGUUUGAAAUUACAUUGGGCUUAUACGAAACAGCACCGCACAUAAUCGUCUUCAUGGCCGAUGAUUUGGGAUGGGAUGACGUCGGUUUUCACGGCUCGGAUCAGAUACCGACUCCGAAUAUAGAUGCUUUGGCGUAUAAUGGAAUUAUAUUAAACAGGCAUUAUGUCUUACCAUCCAGCACACCUUCUAGAACUGCUUUUUUCACCGGACAGUAUCCAAUACGUAUGGGUAUGCAGGGAGAAGAUAUACAGGGUGGUCAACCCAAAGGGAUUCCUCUCAAUGUAAGGAUAUUACCAGAAUAUCUACGAGGUUUGGGGUACAUGACAAAACUGAUCGGAAAGUGGCAUGUGGGAUACUACACAUCUCAACACACCCCUUUACGUCGGGGUUUCGAUUCCUUCUUUGGCUUUUACAACAGUCACGUUACAUAUUAUGACUAUAAAUAUUCGUUUCAGAACAUGAGCGGAUAUGAUAUGCAUCGUGGUGAUGACCCAGCUUACGGACCAACUAAAAGAUACGUGACUGAUCUUUUCACUGAUGAAGCAGUCAGGAUCAUUCAGUAUCACGAGCCAUCUCGACCGCUCUUUCUUCAAAUAUCGCAUCUCGCUGUUCACGCGCCUCUCGAGAGUCCGCACGAUUAUGACUACUACGAUAGACAGUUUAAGCACAUUCGGGAAAUAAAUCGCCGCAAGUAUGCUGGAAUGGUAUCGCGAUUAGAUAAUUCCGUUGGACGUGUCGUUCAAGCCUUAGGUAGCCGAGGGAUGUUAAAGGAUUCAUUGAUCCUUUUCCUAACUGAUAACGGUGCAGCAUCCAUUGGAAAAUCCCGCAAUUACGGUUCUAAUUACCCCUUACGAGGUAUGAAAUAUACGCUGUAUGAAGGAGGUGUGAGAGGAAUUGCUGUACUAUGGUCACCAAGAUUGCGUAAGACAGCACGUGUAUGCGACGAUCUGAUGCAUAUAACCGACUGGUUGCCGACUUUAUAUACUAUCGCUGGUGGUGAUGUGAGGGACUUGGGAAAGAUCGAUGGAGUCGAUCAAUGGUGCAUGUUAAAUAACAGUCUACCGAGUGCCAGGGACAAGCUAUUGCUUAACAUCGACGAGGUCUCUAAGACCGAGGGGGCCAUAUACAAACAAUUCAAGCUUCUUCGGGGAUCAAUCGAGGGCGGAUACUUUGAUGGUUAUUAUCGAGAUAUCGAAAGAAUUAUGCCUAAUGAUCCCAGGAAAAGCCUGGACUCGCAAGAAAAUAUGCCACCGUACACCGACACCGUUUUAAAGAGUGUGGUAUCGCAGAGCAUCACUCGUCACCUGGGUGAUCCAGUCACUCAACCCAGCACGAUGAUUCAAUUACGGCGCGAUGCAACUGUCAAUUGCCGACCUAGAGACAGUUUCAUUACAUGCAACGUUACCGAGUGUCUCUUCGAUAUUAAUAAUGAUCCCUGCGAAACGAAGAACAUCGCUGAGCAAUAUUCAAGGAUCUCUCGGGAACUGGAUAAAUUCUUGGAACAUUACGGGUUUAUCGUUAAGAGACAGAUCAAGAUACCGAUAGAUUGGCUGGCAGAUCCAAGAAGAACGAACAAUACGUGGGAGCCGUGGAUAACAUCGGGUGGAAUUAUUUUGAACAAUUCAGCGGCUCAACUGGUUAGUUUGGCCUAUUGUGUUCACAUCGGGAUUAUUCUCGUAACAGUCAUGUGCAAUAGUUUUAUUUAAGCGAAUGUUAAGCAAAACAUAAUUUCAAGUGCGAAUUUCAUCAAUUAGUUGAGGAAAAAUGCAUUGAUCAAUUUAAAGCAACUCAGCAGAAAUCGAUUUAUCGAUAGAAAUAUCUAUAUUUUAGUUUAUACCUUCUUUUUUCCUUCAUAUAUUUCAAAAAGAUCACGCGGUUUUUUAAUAAAAUGCGUAUAUAUUUUACAGCAUAUGGUAAUGUGUGUCUGCAGUAAGUUUAUUUUUAAAUGAAUAAAUUAUAAUAUAUAGAUAUGUUAAAUUCGAACUACGUCCAAACGCUUCAACGAAUUAUUUAACAUUUAUAUAGCGUUUUUCCUCGUUGCAUAUUUUGACAUGGCAUUACGUCAACAUCUUUUUAUUAUUUUGCUUCGUAUUAUUCACUUCACUUAUUCAUUUCAUUUUGUUGAUUUACGCUGCAGAAUAAAACGACGACAGAU